CCGAGUCACGUGGGCGGGCAAGGAAGAGGCCGUGGCAGCCGUUGUGCCAGCUGUUUCCCCGGGAGCGGUGGCUGUUUCUGCUGCUGCUCCCCAGGAAGUGGACGUGGAACUGGGAAGAAGCUCGAGCAUGGAGGGGUGGAUUCCAGAGCGCGGCCGGUUGGCGGCGGGGCUGCUAGUAAACUUGGCGGCGUCUAUUUGCAUCGUCUUCCUGAACAAGUGGCUGUACGUGCGAAUGGGCUUCCCCAACCUCAGCCUGACGCUGGUGCACUUUGCCGUCACCUGGCUGGGGCUGUAUGUGUGCCAGUCGCUGGGCGUCUUCGCCCCCAAAAGCCUGAGGCCGCGCCAGAUCCUCUCCUUAGCGCUCAGCUUCUGUGGCUUCGUGGUCUUCACCAACCUCUCUCUGCAGAACAACACGGUCGGCACUUACCAGCUGGCCAAGGCCAUGACCACGCCGGUCAUCGUGCUCAUCCAGAGUGUGGCCUACGGCAAGACCUUUGCCACCCGCAUCAAGCUCACUUUGAUUCCUAUCACCUUAGGUGUUUUUUUAAAUUCUUAUUAUGAUGUGAAAUUUAGUUUACUUGGGAUGAUAUUUGCUGCUCUUGGUGUUAUAGUGACAUCUCUUUAUCAAGUGUGGGUAGGAGCAAAACAACAUGAACUUCAGGUAAAUUCUAUGCAGCUACUAUACUAUCAAGCACCAAUGUCAUGUGGCAUGUUGCUGUGCGUUGUACCCUUCUUUGAACCAAUCUUUGGAGAAGGUGGAAUUUUUGGCCCUUGGACUCUCUCUGCUGUGUCUAUGGUGCUGGUCUCUGGAAUAAUAGCAUUUAUGGUGAACUUGUCUAUUUACUGGAUUAUUGGGAAUACUUCCCCAGUGACAUACAACAUGUUUGGACACUUCAAAUUCUGCAUCACCCUCAUGGGAGGAUAUCUCUUAUUUAAGGAUCCUUUAUCAAUUAAUCAAGGCCUUGGAAUUACAUGCACAUUGUUUGGCAUUCUAGCUUACACACACUUCAAACUUAGUGAGCAAAAUGGGAACAAAAGCAGGCUGGUUCAACGUCCGUAAACUAAGUAUUUUUGUUGGUAGCAAAUGAAUUGCUUUAAUAUGCACUGAUUCCAAAAGCAAUGCACUGUCUAUGGAGAAAUUUAAAAUUGUCCAUCUCCCAGCAGAGCAGGUAUUCUCUCUCCUAUAGCUGCCAUGCACUGCCUCCUUCUACUGUGGCCAGUGGGGUAUGGAUUGGAUUACAUUACAUUGAGGGGGGUCACAGGACUCAGUAGAAAGAAAAGCACAGUAAAGAAAACUGGUAGACGAUGGGUGUCUGCUCAUGUUGGCAUGGCCAGAUUUUCUCUCUCACUCUCUCUCUCUCUCUCUCUCUCUCUGUGUACGCAUAUGUAUGUAUGCACAAUUUGUUUCUUUAAAGGGCUGUUUGUAAUUACAGUGCAAUCAUUGUAAACUGUCCUAUUUAUACCAAAUGAACUCAUUCAGACAGAUACAGUGUUUUUUGCUAGAAAAUCAAUCAUGUCCUUAUGAUUAUGUCAGUAUUAAAAGAGACUGCUUUUUUGUACUCAAGUGAACAUUGAAGUUUCUUGAUCUGGUAAAUACUGAGAAACCAAAUUGUUUUUUCUGGAUUUUUAAUUUCUAAUAGUCACAUGCAUUGUUAUAUUUUUUCUGCAUAUUUUAAAAAUGUAUAUUUAAGUAUAAUUAACAUUCACAGUUGAGCAAAAUACUGGUACUUCAAAAUUAUUAAGACUGAGAAUUUUACAAGUUGUUAAGUUUUCUAAGUUUAUAAGUAUUACCUAACUCGGUGCAGGCUGGCUCCUGUAGUUUGAAAGUGUUUUCUUUUUACUUUGUUCAAGAUUCAGUAAUUUAUACAAGAGGUUUCUUUUCUAAUUAUUUUGGCCAGUGCAAAUGUACUGCUACUCGCAACUUGAUUUGUAAACUUUCUUGCAACUUGUAUAUAUUUCUGCUAUGAUUUAAACAUAUUUAAGACAGAACUUCUAAAGCAUUAUGGGAAUUUUAAAAAUCAACAUCAUCCUCUUAACCCCUAGUUAAGAAUAAAUUCUCACUGAAUAUUAACUAGGAUGUAAAGAUAACCAUGGUUAAACCAAGAUAGGGUAUUAAUCAGCCUCACCCAAAUGUAUCCUUAUGUUUUAAACCAGGGCUCUCCAACCUUGGCAACUUUAACACUUGUGGACUGCAAUUGGAGUUGAAGUCCACAAGUCUUAAAGUUGCCAAGAUUGGAGACCCCUGUUUUUAAACUGUAGUUAUAUCAACUUGAAAUUAUUGAUUAGUUCAACUUAGUUGGAUUAUGAUUAGCUAUGGCUUUGUCAUGUUACCAGAUUCUAUGCUAUCAGCACUGUAUGGAGUAGUUCUGUACUCUUGACCAUAAUAGAGACUGCUUAUUAUGGUUGGAAGUCAUAACAGCCGUUAAAGGAAGUGACUCACUUACAACCCCUUCAUCCCUGCUUUCCCAGAUGUGGUUGUUCAAUAGAUCAUGAUGUCCUUCGGGCUGGCAGGAGAGGCUCUGGAAGGCCUAGUACAGGGCCUCCCCACCCCCAAGACACCCUAAACUUUGCUUUCCUCCCCUCAGAGUCUCUGCAGGCCUUGAGUCUGCUUCCCAUCCCACCAAGUGCCACACCUUCCUCCCCACUUCAUGUCACCAUCACACACUUUUCAAAGAUCUCUGAUCUCAGGUUAUGGAAAGAGGACAGGCUGCUUCCAGGAUGGCACUGCGUGGCCCAGCAACAGAGCAGCUUGCUGUGCUUCCCUAAAACAAGUUCUGCAGUAUUCCACCACGUUCUGCAGGGCUGCGGAAUACUGUGGAACUCAUGUUACGGAAGCAAAGCAAACUACUCCAUUGCUGGGCUGCAUGGCACUAUCCUGGAACAAUUCAAUGUGGCAGCUUGGAAAAUGACAGCAGUUUCUGUGGUCGCACCACGUAGCCCAGGAACCGAGCAGCCUGUCCUUCCCUAAACUGAGCUCUGGAGAUCUUUGAAAGGUAAGUGAGGAGGAGGAUAUAAGGCCUGGCAGGAUGGGAAGCAGGUCCGAGACCUGCAGAAAUCCAAGGAAGGGAAGGAGGAUGGGAAACAGGCAGGGGGAUGCUACAAGGUCUCUGCGACCAGCCCUAAGGGCAAAGUACUGUAAUGGAACAGCAGACGUUUAAAAAAAAGGUAAUAAUGCUAUAAUAAAAGUGUAGUCUGGGACAAAUCUUGUUAUUAUUGCUUUAUAUAUUGAAAAGUGUUAUGUUCUAUUUUAUUUUUGAGAGCCAGUCUGGUCUAUUGGUAGUCCUUGACUUACAACCAUUCAUUUAAUGACUGAAGUUACAACAACUCUGAAAAAAAUGACUUUAUGACAGUUGUACUGGCCUGGGGUCACUGUUUGUAAUCUUCCCAGCUGGCGUCCGACAAGUAAAAUAAUUGAGAGAAGCUGGGUUCACUUAACAACCAUAUGAUUCACUUAACAACUGUGGCUAAAACAGUCAUAAAAAGGGGAAAACUCACUUAAUAACUGUUUUGUUUAGCAAUGGAAAUUUUUGGGCUCAGUUGUGGUCAUAAGUCAAGAACUAUGUAGUGGUUAAGGCCUGAGGCUAGAAACCACAAAACUGAUAUUCCUGGUUUUGCCUUAGACAUGAAGGUCAGCUGGGUGACUUUGGAACUCAUUCUCCAUUAUUGUGGGGAAAAUGGAGGCAGGAAAAUUAGGUAUGUUUGCUGUCUUGAAUGUGUGUGUGUUUGUGUGUGUGCGAGGGGGUAUAUAUAAAUCUUUAAAAAUGUAUUAGGGAAAAGAUUUUUCUAAGGAAAGGAACAAAGGUCACUUUCCUAAUGAAUCUUUAAUUUUAAAAUAGUUACUAUCUGGAUAUUCCAAAUAUUAACUGUAGUUCUAAUUGAAAGAACCCAGUACAGAUAACGUGAAUUGAUCAACUGUAAUAAUUAACUGUUUGGCCAAAUUCUAGUAGGGAAUGUAAAACAUGAGAUGAACUGGACCAAUAUAUUUACACUAUGAUUCAAAAUCCGUAGCUGGUUUUAUGUACUCACUAAACUUAUUGUCUGAUUAAUGUACUUUUUCGGAAUCCAAAGCUGCAAAAAUUAUUAAAACCUCACCAUACUAUACACUAAUGUAAUGACUUCUAAAUUUCUGAAAAUGCAAGCACAGUCUGUAUUUUGCACUUUUGAUUCAUUUGUACUGUUUGUUACAGGAAAAUGUAGUUGUUUCUUAAUUGUAUACAUUUAUGUUAGAAAUUAACCUUAUAGGCUUAUAUUACUUUUGUGAGUGUAUAUAAAAAUCAGUCUGAAUCAAUAUGCUUUGGGAUGAAGUUUUGUCCAUUGAAGGUCAUGCUGGAUCAGUCCUAGUCCAGCACCUUAAUCUCUUACUGACUCUAUUGGGUAAGUUUGUCUGUAUUAUGUUGUUGUGUACAUACCAUCCAUUCGCCCCCUGGCAAUUUCUAUUUUUACAAAGAACAAAUCCAAAAGCAGAUGAGGAACAGUGUCUUUGAUCUUCGGUUACAAGUAGAUACUUAGCUCCCGUAAAAGAUUUAGGUUUGUUUUUAUCCUGUCUUUAUUGUUUCUAUAAAUAACUGAAGCAGAUAAACAUAACUCUUUCCUCCUCCUAUUUUCCCCACAACAAAUCUAUGAGGAAAGUUGGGCUGAGAGUGUGUGACUGACCUAAAGACACCUGGCUGGUUUUCAUUCGAAAUUUCCUGGUUCUGGUGCCUUAACCACUAAAUCAAACUGGCUCCUUUGAACCUGAAAUUCAAAGUUGGCAUAUUACAGUAUGCUUUCAAAAGUAUUCAUUUUGGAAGGCAGUUCACUUUUAUUUCAAAAAUAUACUUGAUCAUUAUAUUGGAAUAAAGACAUUACAAUAUUCUGGGGUUUAUUUUUUGCUUUGUUUUUUAUAAAAUAUGCUAUAAAACAGAACUUUUAAUGUGUUAUCCAUACAUUUUUUGUCCAUAUCACUUUAGGAAGCUGUGAUAAUGAGCAAAAAACUGAAUCUAUCUCCUCCAAUAAAAUGUCUCUGAAGUGUCAUGAAGAAUAUAAAUCUAAUAUGCUUUCAGAAAUUGGGCAGGUAUAUUUUAUAAGCUGCUUUAAGUGGAUAAUUUUUUUAAAGGGGAGCAUUUAUCCAGAUGCACAAGAGUAAUAGCACAGAACAUGCCCUCAAUUCCAUUUGCUGUUCUAAAAGUAUUUGAUAUCUUCGAAACCAAAUUUAUUCAGUAAAUCACCCUUGUUCUUUCUCUCAGUAUUAUGAAAGCUCAGCUAUUUCAUAUAACGAUUAGCUGGAUCUUAGCUAUUAUUCAGACUGAAGAAUGCUUUAAAUGCAAUAUUUGAUAGUUGUAGUUAUUUUUCAAAACAGCCUGCUAGAGGUAAUGUUCAAAACAGCAUGUCCAGUGCAGUGUCAUUGUGUAUUACAAAGCAAUUUUGUGUUCUGCAGCGUAUUUUCUGAAAUGUAAUACAAUUUUAAAAUUUCAAGUGCUUGCAACCUAUGUCUUGAAGAGAGUAACAAUAAUUUAGAGUAUCUUUAUCCAUCCAAGCUCAAUAUAUUCUUUCCUCAAGUCUUUUAGAGAACAGAAUGGUAACUCCACAUCUCAUUCAGCUGUAACAUUUAUUGCAUUUGUAAAAUAAUCAAAGAUGGGGAAUUUUUAGGUCUCUACAUACUACUGGAUUCCACCUCUUAUCAGACUUACAGGUUUUUAAGAAUAACUGGAGCUAUAAUCCACUAAUAUCUAGAGACUUAAUAACUUUUCAUCUGCUUAUUAAUAUACUGUAAUUAUAACACACAACAAAUGUACAAAAUAUUAAUAGAAUGGUGUAGAUGGCAGUUGCACUGUGUGGGAGUCUUUUUAUUGUCAGAAAUAGAAUAUAUCAUCAUAAAAUAUAUUUAUGACUUUGUAUAAAACAGAAUGGCAAUGUUUUUAAUGCAAGAUACUUGUUUUUUUAUGAAUAAAAUAGAUCUUUAUUAGUCUU